GCUUCUCAUAUCAUACAGACAAACAUGCGCUGAGAACAUUAUUACUCCGAGCGAAGAGGUCUCGUUAAACCACAUUCCACUAUUCGACGGCAGUGGAGAAGGAAAAAGUCUCUCGUUUUUCUUCUACUUAUGUCGUUCAUAUUUUCGGAAAGUUUGUUUCGAUGUCCGAAGAAAGAUAAAUAAUUUCAGCUUGAAUUAGACCGAGUUUGGUGCUAGAAGACGGUAUCGCAGUGAUGGAUGUUAGGUGCAUCCCUGGCAGGCCAUGAAAGUUGCGUUAUUGGGGUGUAUUUUAGAGCGAACGGAACCGCAGUGAGCGUCGAAAAUGUCAAUAAAUCUGGAGAAAAAUCGAGAAUCCAUCGUACAGGCGUGGAAGGCGGUGGUUGACACGAAGAGCCCUACCGAUUGGGCUCUUUUUACCUACGAGGGACAAACUAACGUGCUGAAGCUUCAGGAAACCGGUGAGGACGGCAUAUCGGAACUUGCUGCCGAGCUAAACUCUGGGAAAAUACAGUACGGGUUCCUACGGGUUGCUAAUAAUGAAACUGGAAUUGCAAAGUUUGUAUUCAUCAAUUGGCAGGGAGAAGGUGCGCCUACGUCCCGUAAAGGUACCUGUGCAAAGCAUGUUGGGGACGUGACAAACCUGCUCAAGGGGGCCCAUAUUACAAUCCAUGCCACCAACGAAGAUGAUGUGGAGGAAGCACGGGUGCUGGAAAAGCUCCAGAAAGUGGUUGUAAAUGAUUUCAAGGUCAAAGAUUACUCACAGGCCAACGGGCAGCUGCGUGUGUCCUCCCUAACUAAAAUGUGGAAUACUGCAGGAUAUGACACUCCGAAUCCAGUGGGCACCAACUACUGUCGGGUCAUUCCAACUAAGGAGAUCAAUCCGGCCGAGAGGGAUGAGUUCUGGCGUAAAGAAGAGGAAGAAGAGAAACAUCGACUGCAGCUGGAAUACGAGAGGAAGUUGAGCGAAACGGUGAAACUUGAGGAGGAACGUAGACGGCGGGAGGAGCGUGAAUACGAGAAACGAGAAGCAGCACUCGAUAGUCCUCAGAGCCCGGAUAAGAGCUACGCUCGACAGGCAUCUGACAGCUCUAAAAUAGAACGAGAGCGGGAAAUUAAACAAGUUGUCGAAGCAAGUGGUAAAGUGAGUUCGGCAAAGGCUCGGUUUCUGAGCAGUACCGCUCAGCUAAGCCCGACACAUAUUCAGCAGCAAGUGCAACAGGAGCUUGUUUUGUCUCCGGAUUCCUCGAACGAGGAGAGAAGCCUUAUCAAUGAACUUAAGGCAGAACUGGAAGUUGAGGAGAGCACAGCCAUUGGUGGUGCGAUUCCGGAGGUGCAAGCCGAACCUGUGGAGUUUUUCGAUCCGAAUGCAACCAUCGAUCUGUCGGACGAAGAUAAUAUGAUCCGAGCGAGGGCACUGUACGAUUACCAGGCGGCUGAUGAAUCAGAAAUAAGCUUUGACCCUGGCGAUAUCAUCACACACAUUGAUCAAAUUGACGAAGGUUGGUGGCAAGGAUUGGCGCCGGACGGUACCUACGGUUUAUUUCCGGCUAACUACGUCGAGUUGAUUUAACCAGCCCGCACAAGGAUUUGAACUAACCGAGCAAAACCGAGUCAUCCUCCUUACACACACAUACACACACACACACACACACAAACAUCCACGCACUUAUGCAGAAAAUCAUGGUCAUCACAUUGUCUAACGUGUAUUAGUCUAGGAUUUAAAAUCGCCUCCCUAAGUAGUAUUUUACUCGUUGUCACUUAUCUGCGUAUGCCAGAAAAAAAUCGUAUUAUAUUAUGUUUUAUGUAGAUGAAACUAUUAUCAUUUAUUUACGGUACUAAGUCGAAUAUGAUUCGUAAUCCAUUGGAUGCAAUCUAGAAGUUUAUAAACACAAUUGUAACAUUCGAACAAUUGUCUAUACUUCACUUAGGUUGUAACGUUUCAACGGAGAUAAAUGUGGAAUGCACAUUUAAACAUUGUUAUUAGGUGCUCUUUAAAAUUCUACCGACAAGAAAUGAGAUAAUUCAUCUUAUUAUGCAGCGCAAAAUGUAAUCACGAAAGAUAAA